AUGACGAUCUCCGGCGCGAGCUCCCCGCUCUUGUCUUCUCCCUCUUCCUCACCACCUGGCGCUCGGCUCGCGCUUCCCGCGGCCCGCGGAGUCUGCCUCAAGAGCUUUCUGGAGCGCCGGGUCGGCACCAUCUCUUCGCUGUUUUCUUCGUCUCCGCUGCACGCGGCGGCUGCAAUCACGGUGGUCGCCGCGGUCGCCAGCCACGCGCCGUCUUUGGCGCCGCUCUUGGCGUCUCUCUGCGUGCCGUCUGCCCCCGCGUCUGCUGUCUCGCUGGCGAUACCCUCGCCGCAGGCGCAGAUCGCUUCCUUCGUGGUGAGCAACGGCGGGUUCGCCUCUGAGCGGAACGGCGCGCGGUCGCGCGCGGUGGCGUCGAGUUCCGCCUUUUCGACUUGCGAGCCAGGAUUUGCCUCCCAGUAUCUCUUCUCUUCGCCGCUGCAGCCCGACUCCUGCCGGCCGGUCUUCUCGUCCUCCUACCCACACGCGUGGCCUGUGCGCCCGUUUUCUGUCAUGCCUGCCGCUGCAAUUACGCCGCCCGGCUCGCCUGCUGCGGCGCCUUCUGGGAUCGCGAGCGAGCCCACUGGCGCCGCGUCCACGAGCGGCAAGUCUCUUUUCGCGUCGAAGCCGCCAGUCUCUCACCCGGCGUUCGACGUCUUGUCUCAAGAGGUCGUGCCGGAGCUGCAGCUCGAGGCCACGCAGUACAUCCACCGACAGACUGGGGCACGCGUCAUGAGCAUUCGCGUCCCUGAGAAAGAGAAGGAGAAGGUGUUCUGCAUCUGCCUGCGAACGCCCGUCUCGGACUCGACAGGCGUGCCGCACAUCCUGGAGCACAGCGUGCUGUGUGGAAGCAAGAAGUAUCCGCUCAAAGAGCCCUUUGCGGACCUUAUCAAAGGCAGCUUGUACUCCUUUUUGAACGCGUUCACAUAUCCUGACCGCACCUGCUACCCCGUGUCGUCUGUCAACGACAAGGACUUUUACAACCUCGCGGGCGUCUACAUUGAUGCGGUGUUCCAGCCGCGGGCGGUGCACGACCCCACGGUUCUGUCUCAGGAGGGCUGGCGCCUCGAGGCGACAGAAGCGACGAGCGGGAAGACCCCGCAGGCUGAAACGGCUGACCAGAUCCGCCUGCGUGGAGACGAGGGCGAGGAAUUUGCCGACACGGCGGCGCAGUCGAAAACCGAUCUCAAGUAUCAAGGCGUCGUUCUGAAUGAGAUGAAGGGAGUCUAUUCCUCGCCGCUCGAGCGUCUGGAAAGAACGCGCAUGGAAGCCCUCUUCCCUGACAUCGCGACGUACCGCUGCGACAGUGGGGGGAACCCCGAGCAGAUCAAAACGCUCACCUUCAGCCAGUUUACCGCGUUUUACCACCGGCUGUACCACCCGUCCAACGCAAAGAUCUUCUUCUGGGGGUCGGACGAUGUGAUGCGCCGACUGGACUUCGUGGACGAGAAUCUUCGAGACCUCGACGAGACGAAAAACCGCGACCCAAGCAUCGAAGCCUCCACCGCCAUUCCUACGCAACCCCCGCUCCCAGGGCCAGUGCGCGUGCAGCAGACGUAUCCAGCGCCAAAGGAACAGCUCGAAGACAUCGUCAGCGUGAGCUGGGUGCUUGACCCGGCGAACUUCGCCACACUCUCCACGACCGAGCGACUCGCGCUCGGCGUCCUGAGCCACCUGCUGGUGGGCACCAGCGCGGGCCCCCUCUACCGCGCCCUGAUGGAGAGCAACCUCGGAAAAGAAGUUGUCGGCGGCAUCGACGACGACCUAAAGCACGUGGUCUUCUCUGCAGGACUCAAAGGCGAGGCUCGGGACGCGCAGGAGUCUGAGCCGAUAGCUGAGCGAGUUGAGAAAAUUAUUUUGGAGUGUCUGCAGAAGCACGCCGCAGAGGGCUUCAAAGAGGACGCUGUGGAGGCGUCCGUCAAUAGCGUCGAGUUCCAGCUCCGCGAGUUCAACACCGGCACCUUCCCGCGGGGCCUGGCGGUCAUCCUGCAAAUGAUGAGCGACUGGACGCAAGACCGAGAUCCUCUGGGCUCGCUGCGCUUCGAGGCGCCGUUGGAAGAGUUGAAGAAGCAACUGAAGGCCGGAGAACCCGUCUUCGAGAGGUUGCUAUACCGACACUUUGUGAGCAACUCGCACCGCGCGACGGUCCACAUGAAGGCAGAUCCAGACGAGGAGACGCGGCGGGAGCAACAAGAGGAGGAGGAGAUUCAGAGGAUUCGGGCGACUAUGUCGAAGGAUGAAAUUGAAGACCUCAAGCGGCAGACAAAAGACCUGAAGGCGAAACAGAUGGCAGAAGACCCUCCAGAGGCAGUGGCAACUCUCCCGACGCUUACGCGCAAAGAUGUUGACAAGGAGGACGCGGAGAUCCCGACCAUCAUUCGUCCAUACCUCGGCGGCCGCGCCUCCCUCCUGCUUCAUCCGCUCCCCACCGCAGGCAUCCUCUACGCGGACUGGGCUUUUCCACUCCACGACUUGACUCUUGAUGAGUUGAGAUAUCUUUCACUCUUUGCGCGAUUUCUCACAGAGGCAGGCACCUCGACCAAGAGCGAAACGGCUCUCGUGCACCACAUCGGCAGAUACACCGGAGGAAUCGCCUCACUCUCGGACAUUCGAACGAUUGGAGCGCGCGGAGACCGCAUUGCAGAUCCGUACGACGCUGUCGGGUACUUCGUUGUGAAAGGGAAGGCGGUUAGGACGCGCAUUCCCGAGCUGUUUGCUACGAUGGCCGAAGUCUUGACUGACUGCAACUUGGGAAAUGCUCGGCGAGGAAAAGAGAUUUUGAAGGAGAUGGUGGCGGCUACUGAGAGCAUGUUCCUACAUUCCGGUCACUUGAUAGGCUCUCUGCGGAUCGGCGCGACAUUGACAGCAGCAGGCUACGUUGCGGAGCAAAGGGCAGGGUACUCGUACCUUCAGUUUGUCAAGGAGCUGAGGGCGCAGGCAGAGACCGACUGGGCUCCCAUUGAGGCGAAGCUGCGCGGCAUCCGAGAGAAGCUGCGUCGUGCAAAAACGGAGCAGAUCCUUGUGAACUUGACUGCGGACGAAGCGACACUUGAGGCAGCGACCUCGAUGGAGCAACCGGGCGGGGAGGCUCUGCACGCUGCGCUCAGCAGCGUCAGGCUGUCUGGGCCUGAUAACGGUGUCUUUGCGCCUGUGCUGGAUGGGAAACACCCUGUGAAACCAUGCACGUGGGCCUUGGAAAUGAAAGAAAGAAACAGUCUGCUCAACGUGGUGGAGGAAGGAAAGCUCGGAGAAGGAUUCGUCGUGCCCACUCAAGUCAACUACGUGUGCCUGGGAGGGCGUCUUUUCGACACUGGCGAGCCGUUCCGCGGCGAAUAUUCCGUUGCGACGCGUGCGCUGUCCACGGGGUAUCUAUGGGAUAACGUUCGCGUGGUUGGGGGCGCGUACGGUAGCAGCUUCCGCUCGGACUCCAGUGGCACUUUCCUCUUUGCCUCGUACCGCGACCCGCAGUUGGCAGCAACACUGGAGAGAUACAGAGGGGCAGCGGAGGGCUUGCGUCAGUUCGCGAAAGACGUCGACGAGCGCGGCUUGGAUCGGGCAGUCUUGGGGGUCAUCCGAGAUCUUGACCAGCCCCUCCCGAAUGACCAGAAGGGCUACACAGCGUUGUGGCAGACCGUCGCAGGGAGGACGAAAGAAGAUCGACGCAGACACAGAAAACAGGUUCUAGAAACGACGGUGGACGCCAUCAGCAGCUUUGCCGACAGACUGGGACAGCAGCUGGAAAAUGGAGGCGAAGGCGAAGUUGCUCGAAAGCGAGAACUGGAAGAGUAUGAGCUCGAGAGGGAGAGAAUCGCGUCUUCCGCCUUGGCGUCCGGAGACGAAGCAGGCAAGGACGCUUCGGAGAAGAGACGCCUCGUUUCCGUGGUGGUAGGGAGCAAACGGGCUUUCGAGGAGGCCUCGCGCCAAGACCCGUCGGUCGCUUAUAACCUCAAAACUGUUAUGGGGCGUGGGACCAACGAGUUAUAG